AUGCCCAUUGUUGUGCUGCCUCAGCCAGCUUUGUCCUUCAUCCAGCCAAGCAUAGACAUCACACUGCCAUCUCUCAGCCUGCCACAGCGCGACCUCGUCAUCCCUGUGCUGCCUGCACCCACGGUCUCUUUCACCCCACCUGACCUGUCUGCUGACAUCGGGGGCGUUCGCAUACAGAAGAAGUUUGCCGUCAUCGACGCCAGCCGCCUGGGGCCGCGUACCACAUAUGAUGCCGAUGUCAAGCCGCCUGCACAGACUGUGAUCGAUUUGUCCAGCUUCGGCCCCAGGGACGCGACCGUGGUGCGCCUGCCGGAUGUCAAGGUCAACCUGUCCAGCCUAGUCAGCGUGGUGCACGACCCGGCAAAGGUCCAUGUGGUCAACCUUGGAGCCGCUCAGCAAGGCCCCGUGUAUGACAUCAAGCUGCCAGGGCUGCCACAGAGAAACAAAGUAAACAUCAACCUUCCGCGGCUCAACUUUUCGUCCAUUACGCUACCUGGUCACCGCGAGAAGGAGAACGUUGUGUUCAAUGUGGGAGGCCCCAAGUUGGCCCCGACCCAUGAGAUCACGCUCAAGAUUGAUGCGUCACAGGCUGGGUUGGGCAAAUUGCCACUCCUAGCCAAGAUCUCUGGCCCUCAGAACAACACCAACAUCAAUAUCGUGACCCUGCCGCCGGUCACGGUCCCUGCGCUCCCACCGCUCCUGACCUUGGACCUGCGGAAAAACGCCACCCCUCCGAGAGUUUAG